GCAAAUUAAAUACAUUUGAAUUGACUUUUGAUAAUAAAAACUUAUAUUUAGAUGAUUGUAGUGAACGUAUGCUUCAAACGGACAGUUAGUGUAAAAUGAUGUGUAAUUGAAAUGCAAUACAAUUAGUAAAUGAAUGAUACAUUUGAAGUGUAUUUCAGUGUUUGAAUGAAUGGUUUAAAUAAAGUGUGAAAUUAGCGCCAAAUAUAGACAUAAUAUUAGUGUUAAAAGCAUUGAGUAAUGGAUUGUAUGAUAAGAGGCACACAAAUGGCAAACCGAGUGCUCAUAGACUGCAAAGGUUUGAGUCGUUUGUACGAAAGGUUUGUUGGAUCAGUUGGUUGCCUCAAGACUGUCGCAAUCGGUGGUCGUAUGAUGUCAUCGCAAUCGCAAGCACUGGCCGACUGUAUGUCCCAAUUGGACCCAAAACAGGUGCAACUGCUGGACGAACAGUGUAUUGUCGUCUCAGACAAUGACGUGCCAUUAGGGGCUAAGUCUAAGAAAGACUGUCAUCUCAUGGCUAACAUAGAUAAGGGUCUAAUCCAUCGGGCAUUCAGUGUAAUGCUGUUCAACAGUUCCGGUGAACUCCUGUUAACCCAGAGAUCUGACGCCAAAAUCACUUUCCCCUCGUAUUUCACGAAUACCUGUUGUAGUCAUCCGUUGUAUAACGAGUUGGAAAGGGAUGAGAAGAAUGCCAUCGGAGUG